CGAAGAAACGACGCGCGACAGACAACGUUAGAAUGCCUAAAUUUUUGUCUCGGAUAUAUCGACGAAUAAGAAAUUUCUAAUUGUUAAAACAAAAACAAAAUAGCACUAAAGCAUACACGGCGACAAAUGUCAAAAUAAAAUCAGUCUGCAAAGCACCCUGAAAAUGAUUGGUCGUGUUUCGCCGGUCUCUAUGGAAAAGGAAAAUAGAAUGAUAUUUAGACAAAAUAAGAUUAAUAAUAUAAAACGGACUUGAAGUUCUAUUUUUGUGACAAAGUUGUAGCUUAAAGUUCCAUUGAAAAAAUGGUGUGGAAUAAAAGUAGUAAUAUAACAAAGCAAAAGUGAAACAAAACGAUCUAGAACACAUCUUUAUUUAAAACCCUGAGGUGCUCCUUUUUCCACAACAAUAAUAUUUUACACGUAAACUAAGUUUAUGGCGGAAUCAGUUUUUUUUACCAAAAUUGUAAAAUGAACAAUCUCAAUAGUUUUUGCUAAAAAAAAAAUAAAUAGUUUAAAUAAUCAAAACAAAGUGAAAAUCGAAUUAAAAAAUUAUAGAAACAAGUAAAUUAUAUUUUGGGAAGGAACAAGUGUAAUUGCAAUUCAUGCCAGAAGACCAACGAUUAAUCUUAUUUUUUAUAAUUACAUCUAGUAGAGAAUUCAAGAUAUUAAACAAACUAAGACGUACUUACAACAACAAGGCCUUCUUCAUAUUCUAAUAUUAUUGUUGAUAUAUUACAUAAAACGACGCUAAUUUAUUGGAAAAUCGCCAGACAUCAGACGUUAAUUUUAUAGAGUAUUUAUUUUUUACGAAGAGAGAAAGAGACAAGUUACUUUUUUGUUUGAGUCUCUGUAUUGAAAAUACUUAAAUUAUUUGAAAAAAAAAUAAGACAAAUAAAGAAAUGACGUAGAUGGUCACAUAAAGCGGAAAAGAUACAGGUGUUGCAAAAAAAUAUACUGUGAUAGAGGUUAAGAUAUAAAAGUUAGGUUAUAUAAAAUGGUGGUGGAGUUAAAUGUAAACCAGUUGAAUCAGCGAACAGUGGGAACAGUACCAAAUGGGAACAGUACCAACGGUAAAAUAAACGAUCAACAACUGGCAGAAAUCAAAAUUAAUCUAUUGUCUCCAAACGAGGUCACAUUCAAUGUAUCUGAUGAUAAAAAAUUCCAAAAUGGCGGAGUCACAUCGACUCCAACUAAAAUGAUGCGAUACGAGACGUCCGAUACAGAUUCAAUAGUGUCUUCGAUAGCGACAACAAAUACGAGUAGUAAAAAGAAACCAAAUAUUCCCGAUGGAGGGUAUGGCUGGGUUGUCGUGUGUGCAUCUUUUGUAGUGUCUCUCAUAGCUGACGGCAUCAGUUUUUCCUUUGGUUUAAUUUACACCGAAUUACUACAUAAUUUCGACUCUUCUCCAACAAAGCUUGCAUGGGUAGGGUCUUUGUUUUUAGCAGUACCGCUUCUUGCUGGCCCUGUCAUGAGCAACUUGGUCGACAAAUUUGGUUGUCGUCGAAUGACAAUGAUCGGCGGAACACUUUCUUGCUUGGGAUUUGCUCUAGCUGCCAUUAGUGAUUCCGUUGGAGUGUUGUAUCUAACGUUUGGUAUUAUUGCCGGAAUCGGUCUAGGAGUUGAAUAUGUAACGGCAGUUGUGUCUAUAGCCUUUUGGUUCGACAAAAAACGAACAUUUGCUACAGGGAUUGGAGCUUCCGGCACAGGCCUAGGCACAUUUAUUUUUGCCCCUUUAACACAAUACCUGAUUCAAAGUUAUGGAUGGCGUGGUGCAACUCUAUUACUUGCUGGAGCUCUUUUGAAUUUUGCUGUGUGUGGAGCUUUGAUGCGAGACCCUGACUGGCUAAUUGAAGAAAAUCUACUGGAAAGUCGAUCGGAAAGUAUGCAAACUUUCUCGCCUCAAGCUUCGAACUUGUGCCUAGAUGAAAUCAAAAAAUUAAUUGAAACGGGAUGUCCCAAGGAAGACAUUCUAGAUACACUAGUUACUAGUUAUAACACGGAAGCGAAUCAAAAAAUCGCUGAUACCGACAUCGUUACUGCUAAAAAGUAUUUAAGUGAAAUGAUUUUGCCCACCUAUUUCCGAAAUGGCAGUGAAGAAUUUGAAAUUGCUGCUGACAAACGAUGUGCUAGUAGAAGAUCACUACGUCAUGUUCUAUCGCACGAAUACGUCUCGAAUGAAGGAACUCCAAUUUUAGAGUCACAAACUCAGAAAAAUAGCAAAAGUCCCGAUGGAAAUUCAGCUGAAAAUUUUGCACGAUCUGGCUGUAAGUUAGCGAGUAGCGAAACUCUCGAUUCGUGGGAAAAAGUUGCAUCAACAGACAUUUUAUCCAGACACGGUUCUCAUAAGAGAUUGUCAGAGUCCGGAUCAAUGGACGAAGGAUUUUUAACUUACCGUUCAAACAAUCUUUAUGGAACUAACAAACUUCCGUAUGGAAGUCGUUUUUCGUUGGAUGAAACGAUGAUCCUCAAGCCGCAUGAACGUUUCAAGCAAGAUCUCGAUAGAAGUCUGCGUGGUGCAUCUCUUGAUGUCGUUCGAGAAAAUGAAAUUUUCCAAAUUAAACCUAAACAAGAAAGUAAUGACAUACGUAUCGAUAUUCCAAAUAUUUCUCAAAGUAAACUGCAUGAACGACGUAUUAGACGCACGAAAACCGCCCCUCCAACAAGCGUGAGAAAUAAGCCUUCAUUGAAGUAUCCAAACUACUUUCGAAACAUGCGUAUUCACCGAAACUCAAUACACUAUCGGGGAGCUAUGCUGAAUACACAUCGGUAUCGUCUCCGUGCGUCUUCCUGUCCCAAUAUUUAUCGGAAUUCAAUGACAACGAUUGCACGAGAAACAGAAGAGAAAUGGUAUGAUGACUUUAUUGACAUAAUAAAAUCAAUUUUUGAUUUUUCCCUGUUUUUGGACUAUAAAUUCGGAAUGAUGUCGCUUUCGACGCUCGUUUUAUUCAUUUGGUUUAUUAUUCCAUAUUUUUACAUAACUGAGCAUAUGUUAAAAUUUGGAUACAAAGAAGAAGAUAGUGCGAUACUUAUUUCAGUUAUUGGAAUAUUCAACACAAUAGGAAUGAUUGUUUUGGGAUAUGCAGGUGACCAGCCCCAAGUUAACGUUACACGAACAUAUGCUGUAUGUCUUGUUUUAUGUGGCAUAUCAGUAGGACUCAUGCCCAUUUUUGUUACAAGUUAUUGGAUGUUGGUCUCUCUUUGUAUUAUUUUUGGACUGACGUUCGCAAGUUCAUUUUCCUUCACACCAAUUAUUUUAGUUCGAUUAGUAAAUUUAGACGAUUUUACCUGCGCUUAUGGCUUAAUUUUAUUAGUUCAAGGAGUUGGAUCCCUGGUUGGACCCCCAUUAGCAGGCUUGAUUUACGACUAUACAUUAAGAUGGGAUGAUUCGUUUUAUGCAGCAGGAGUUUUUAUAGCGUUUUCGGGAUUUCUUGCAUGGAUCAUUGGUACUUUAGAUCCAGUAGCAGAUGAUGAUGACUAAAAAAAUAAAUUCUGGUUUGAUUCAAAAAAUCCUUCAACCUGUGACUUACAAUCUGAAUUAAACUGUUUCGUAUACAACUGCCAAAGGUUAAAUUAAUUUUAAUAGGAAAAGUUUUAAAUCAAAUUUUAGAAAGAAUUAUUAUAGUAUGAAAGAAAAGAAAUGGUUUCCAAGGAAAACAAUGUUGAUAUUUAAUCAAUUCGAGCUUUUUCUUAACGUCACUUAAUGAUAAAUUUCUAAGGCACUUAAACAACCUAAUAAAUGUUCACAAAAUGUCAUUUGAGGACAAUACUUAUUUUAGAAAUUCAGUCAAUAUAAAUACUAUUUUAAUGAUGUUUGCAACGAUCAAUCACAAAAGAAAACAUAUCAAAACAAAUAUAGUAGAUUUUAGAUGACAUUGUCAAUUUUUUACGUGUAUCUUGUCAAUUUCAAUUGCGAAACUAUUAGUAUUCAUUAAAAAAAAUGGUCAAAAUGACUUAUAAGAUAUAGAGAUUGUGAUAAAGUUUAAAAAGAAAAGUGAAUUUUUUCGUUUUGUUUAAUAUUUAGAUUAGGUUUUAGAUUUUUAGUUUUUUUUUUUGAUAGUUCCUUGUAUAAAAAAACCACCUAGUUUCAAUUGUACCUAUUUAUAGAGUAUUAUUAAAUAAAUUAAAAAAAUUUGUGAAGCCUUCCCGUACAUGUAUAGAAAAUAAGAGAAGAAGGGCCUUUAUUUUUUUUAAAUUAUUAAUUUUUAUGUAAGACAAAUGUUAUACCAACUUGUAAGAAAUGGCUUAAAUUCAAAUAAAAUAUUAUUCUCAAAAUGUUUAAAUCAGUCUAUGUCCAAUGGAUUCAUUAGUAGCUUGAAUGCUGCCAUUGCGCUCUCAAAUUUACUUAUUUUUUUCUCUAGCCUUUCUAUUUUCUCAUCUUUUUCCUGUAAAAGUCUGAGUAAAUCAGCUCUCGAUAAAGUCCCAAACUCAGAUUCAUCAUUUUGUAGGUCUGUUUGACAAGCUGUGUCAACUGAUGAAACAUGUUUGACUUCUUC